GCCUCGCGCCCGGGCCUGGGCUCGGGCCACCGCGAGAAGCAAGCCUCCGGCCGCCGCCUCCCACACCACCGACCCCUCGCCUGCGCGCGGUUGGUAGGAGGCAAGCGCUGAAGCUGUUUUCUCCUUGAUGCCAAGAUACGCAGAGCUGGGGGCACUCUCCUCCGUGCACAGUCCUCCACCAAGAACAGGCCUGCAGGACGUGGGGACCAAGCGCAGAGCUUUGCUGCAGCCCGACCGCUCCCUGCCGCUGCCCGUGGGGCUGGGAGCACCAGCAUGGUUCAGCCCGCUGGCCGCCCUCAGCCACCGCGCUGCUGAAGCCGCCCUGGAGAGACCGGUGGGGGCUGCUCUGCCCAUGCUCCCCCAGGCUGUGGGGCCAGGGGCCCACCAAGGCUAGGAGCGAGGCCUGCCCUUUAUGGGUCUCUAGGGAUUUCCGAGAUGCCUGGGAAGAGGGGCUGGGGCUGGUGGUGGGCCCGGCUGCCCCUUUGCCUGGUGCUCAGCCUUUAUGGGCCCUGGGUGCCCUCCUCCCUGGGGAAGCCCAAAGGCCACCCCCACAUGAACUCCAUCCGCAUAGAUGGUGACAUCACGCUGGGAGGCCUGUUCCCUGUGCACGGCCGCGGCUCUGAGGGCAAGGCCUGCGGAGAACUCAAGAAGGAAAAGGGCAUCCACCGGCUGGAGGCCAUGCUCUUUGCCCUGGACCGCAUCAACAACGACCCGGACCUGCUGCCCAACAUCACGCUGGGCGCCCGCAUUCUGGACACCUGCUCGAGGGACACCCACGCCCUGGAGCAGUCCCUGACCUUUGUGCAGGCGCUCAUCGAGAAGGACGGCACGGAGGUCCGCUGCGGCAGUGGCAGCCCGCCCAUCAUCACCAAACCUGAGCGCGUGGUGGGCGUCAUCGGUGCUUCGGCGAGUUCAGUCUCCAUCAUGGUGGCCAACAUCCUCCGCCUCUUCAAGAUCCCCCAGAUCAGCUACGCCUCCACAGCCCCCGACCUGAGCGACAACAGCCGCUACGACUUUUUCUCCCGCGUGGUGCCCUCGGACACCUACCAGGCCCAGGCCAUGGUGGACAUCGUCCGCGCCCUCAAGUGGAACUACGUGUCCACGCUGGCAUCGGAGGGCAGCUAUGGCGAGAGCGGCGUGGAGGCCUUCAUCCAGAAGUCCCGCGAGGACGGGGGUGUGUGCAUCGCCCAGUCAGUCAAGAUACCGCGGGAGCCCAAGCCCGGGGAGUUUGACAAGAUCAUCCGGCGCCUCCUGGAGACCUCAAACGCCAGGGCAGUCAUCAUCUUUGCCAACGAGGACGACAUCAGGCGUGUGCUGGAGGCGGCGCGGAAGGCCAACCAGACGGGCCACUUCUUCUGGAUGGGCUCGGACAGCUGGGGCUCCAAGAUCGCACCCGUGCUGCACCUGGAGGAGGUGGCGGAGGGCGCUGUCACCAUCCUCCCCAAGAGGAUGUCCGUGCGAGGCUUCGACCGCUACUUCUCCAGCCGCACGCUGGACAACAACCGGCGCAACAUCUGGUUUGCCGAGUUCUGGGAGGACAACUUCCAUUGCAAGCUGAGCCGCCACGCGCUCAAGAAGGGCAGCCACGUCAAGAAGUGCACCAACCGAGAGCGCAUCGGGCAGGAUUCGGCCUACGAGCAGGAGGGGAAGGUGCAGUUUGUGAUCGAUGCCGUGUACGCCAUGGGCCACGCACUGCAUGCCAUGCACCGUGACCUGUGUCCCGGCCGUGUGGGACUCUGCCCGCGCAUGGACCCCGUGGACGGCACCCAGCUGCUCAAGUACAUCCGCAGCGUCAACUUCUCAGGCAUCGCAGGGAACCCUGUGACCUUCAACGAGAACGGAGAUGCGCCCGGACGCUAUGACAUCUACCAGUACCAGCUGCACAACGGCUCUGCCGAGUACAAGGUCAUCGGCUCCUGGACCGACCACCUGCACCUCCGAGUGGAACGGAUGCACUGGCCGGGAAGUGUGCAGCAGCUGCCCCGCUCCAUCUGCAGCUUGCCCUGCCAGCCGGGCGAGCGGAAGAAGACGGUGAAGGGCAUGCCAUGCUGCUGGCACUGUGAGCCCUGCACGGGCUACCAGUACCAGGUGGACCGCUACACCUGCAAGACCUGCCCCUACGACAUGCGGCCCACGGAGAACCGCACGGGCUGCCGGCCCAUCCCCAUCAUCAAGCUGGAGUGGAACUCGCCCUGGGCUGUGCUGCCCCUCUUCCUGGCCGUGGUGGGCAUCGCCGCCACACUCUUCGUGGUGGUCACCUUCGUGCGCUAUAACGACACGCCCAUCGUCAAGGCCUCGGGCCGCGAGCUGAGCUACGUGCUGCUGGCGGGCAUCUUCCUGUGCUAUGCCACCACCUUCCUCAUGAUUGCCGAGCCCGACCUGGGCACCUGCUCACUGCGCCGGAUCUUCCUGGGCCUCGGCAUGAGCAUCAGCUAUGCGGCGCUGCUCACCAAGACCAACCGCAUCUACCGCAUCUUCGAGCAGGGCAAGCGGUCGGUCAGCGCCCCGCGCUUCAUCAGCCCCACCUCGCAACUGGCCAUCACCUUCAGCCUCAUCUCGCUGCAGCUGCUGGGCAUCUGCGUGUGGUUUGUGGUGGACCCCUCCCACUCGGUGGUGGACUUCCAGGACCAGCGGACGCUCGACCCCCGCUUCGCCAGGGGCGUGCUCAAGUGCGACAUCUCAGACCUGUCGCUCAUCUGCCUGCUGGGCUACAGCAUGCUGCUCAUGGUCACGUGCACCGUGUAUGCCAUCAAGACGCGCGGCGUGCCCGAGACCUUCAACGAGGCCAAGCCCAUCGGCUUCACCAUGUACACCACCUGCAUUGUCUGGCUCGCCUUCAUCCCCAUCUUCUUUGGCACCUCGCAGUCGGCCGACAAGCUGUACAUCCAGACCACGACGCUGACGGUCUCCGUGAGUCUGAGCGCCUCGGUGUCCCUGGGGAUGCUCUACAUGCCCAAGGUCUACGUCAUCCUCUUCCACCCGGAGCAGAACGUGCCCAAGCGCAAGCGCAGCCUCAAAGCCGUCGUCACCGCCGCCACCAUGUCCAACAAGUUCACGCAGAAGGGCAUUCGGCCCAACGGCGAGGCCAAGUCCGAGCUCUGCGAGAACCUGGAAGCCCCAGCGCUGGCCACCAAGCAGACCUACGUCACCUACACCAACCAUGCGAUCUAGCCAGGCCACGGAGCCACGCGGGGGAGCCUGCGAUGGGCCAGGGCCUCACCCUGGGGCCCAGCUGACGUCCUGCCUGCCCGUGGGCGCCCGCGGACGUGGCUUGGUGCUGAGGACAGCAGG